CUGAACAUUACAUGAUGUACUUGCGUUAUACUUUUUGAAACAUUACCUGAAAUAUCUGUUACAAUAGUUGGAAUGCAUUCAGUUGUACACCUGACUAGGUAUCCCAAUCUAUCACUCCAUAAUGAUGGGGGAAGGGAGAAUCCUCAUCCCUACGUCUGACGUCGGGGCGUGAAAGAGAGGGCAGGCGAGGAGGAGAGGAAGCUGCGAUAAACACAGGCAGGGCGUCUGAGCCUAAACAAGGACAAAGUGAUCACGGUAUCAAUGCUCUAACAAUGGACUUAGCAGAUAUGCUUGUCGUCAAAUUCUUCUGUUUCGUCUACUUAAUAAAUUACACCCAGGGUUAUCAUAAUGGGAACCCCCUGAACAAGUAUGUGCGUCACUACGAGGGUCUGUCCUAUAACACCUAUGAGUUACAUGACAAGCACCUGAGAGUCAAGAGGGCCCUCCACCACCAAGACAAAUUUCUCCAUCUAGACUUCCACGCACACGGAAGACAUUUUAACCUGAGGAUGAAGAGAGACACCAGUCUGUUUGCUGAGGACCUGAAGGUAGACAUGGGAGGACAGGAGGUGAACUAUGACACCUCUCAUAUCUACACUGGAGAAAUAUACGGUGAGAAAGGUACCCUGAGCCAUGGGUCUUUGCUGGAUGGGAAGUUUGAGGGCUUCAUCCAGACAUACCAGGGGACGUUCUACGUAGAGCCAGCUGAGAGAUACCUGAAGGACCGGGACGUUCCCUUCCAUUCAGUUAUCUACCACGAGGACGACAUCAAUUACCCCCAUAAGUAUGGUCCAGAGGGGGGCUGUGCCGACCACUCUGUGUUUGAGAGGAUGAAGAAAUACCAGGCCACUGCCAUGGAGGAGCCAAACGAGGUAACAGACUGGGGGGUGUCUGAAAUUGCCCCAUAAUUCCCUAUAUAGGGC